GGCCGAGCCCUGUGCCAAUCAUUAACGCCCAUCAUGACGUGGAAAGACUUCCUCUUUGCUUCUUCUAUCGACUGUUGUUCCUAAAAUGGCGCCGUUGGACCUGGAUAAGUAUGUUGAAAUUGCAAGACAGUGCAAAUACCUUCCAGAGAACGACUUAAAGAGAUUGUGUGACUAUGUAUGUGACCUGCUACUAGAAGAAUCAAAUGUACAGCCAGUAUCCACUCCAGUCACUGUAUGUGGGGAUAUUCACGGACAGUUUUAUGACUUAUGUGAACUCUUCAGAACUGGGGGCCAAGUACCAGACACGAAUUACAUUUUUAUGGGUGACUUUGUUGACCGAGGAUACUACAGCUUAGAAACAUUCACAUAUUUGCUAGCACUUAAAGCAAAGUGGCCUGACCGCAUCACACUGUUGCGUGGCAAUCACGAGAGCAGGCAGAUAACACAAGUCUAUGGCUUUUAUGAUGAAUGCCAAACAAAAUAUGGAAAUGCUAAUGCCUGGCGAUACUGCACAAAAGUAUUUGACAUGCUGACUGUUGCUGCUUUGAUAGAUGAGCAGAUCCUUUGUGUACAUGGUGGCCUUUCACCUGACAUCAAAACUCUGGACCAGAUACGCACCAUUGAACGCAAUCAGGAAAUUCCUCACAAGGGAGCAUUUUGUGAUCUUGUCUGGUCCGAUCCAGAGGAUGUGGACACCUGGGCUAUCAGCCCAAGGGGUGCUGGCUGGCUGUUUGGUGCUAAGGUUACCAAUGAGUUUGUUCACAUCAACAACUUGAAGCUGAUUUGCCGUGCACAUCAGUUGGUUCACGAGGGCUAUAAAUUCAUGUUUGAUGAGAAGCUGGUGACCGUCUGGUCGGCCCCCAACUACUGCUACCGCUGCGGUAACAUUGCCUCCAUCAUGGUCUUCAAAGAUGUGAGCACAAGGGAGCCCAAGUUAUUCCGGGCUGUUCCUGAUUCGGAAAGGGUCAUACCACCUAGAACGACAACACCCUACUUCCUCUGAAGUCUUCAUUGUCGCCUGCGUCCAGCCCUCUCCUUUCAUUAGAACAGAUCAGAGAUAGAAACCAAGUGCUGGUCAAGUCUUCUCCAUUUCUCCAAAACAGUGACACUGUUCUUUUUCGUGGCUUUUAAGUGUAGGAAAGGGUUGAGGCAAUGACCAAACAACAGGACAAAGGAGGCUGUGAUUCUUUUGUACAUUAAUAUAAUUGUAUUGAUUGAAUCUUCUUUUUUUCAGAUUUGUUGUAUUUUAUUAUUGUAGAAAAACGGCAGCCCAUUUAACAAUUAAAUAUUGCAAAAUAAA